AUGCCUCGGGGUCAGAAGAGUAAGCACCGCACUCGUGAGAAACGCCACCAGUCUCGUGGUGACUCCCAGAGUCACAGGAGAGUUCAGGCCCCAGUAGCAUUGGAAGAGUCCCCCACCUCCUCUUCUCCUGUUUUGGAGGGUAGUACUCAGAGUUUAUCAGCUACUGAGUCACCUUACACCUCCCAAGAGUCUUGGGGCGCCCCAUCUACCACCAUUACCUCUUCAGAUAUCUCUGGUACAAGAUCUGAUGAAGGUGAGAACAGCCAAGAUGAGGAACAUCUAUGUUUCUCUGAUGUCUUACCUUCUACUGAGAGCUCAUGCAUUGAUAUUCUAACUAUGAAGGUGGGUUUGUUGGAACAGUUUAUUCUGUACAAAUAUAAAAUGAAACAGCCCAUUAUGAAGGAAGACAUGCUGAAGAUUAUUGGCCAAAAUUACAAAAACCAAUAUCCUGAGAUCCUUAAGAGAGCCUCUGAACGCAUUGAGGUUGUCUUUGCAGUCAACUUGAAAGAAAUCGACUCAACCAGCCACUCUUAUGACCUCAUCAGCAAAGUGAAACUCCCUAACAAUGGGAGGGUGCGUGCUGGCAGGGGGUUACCCAAGACUGGUCUCCUGAUGACAGUCCUGGGUGUGAUCUUCAUGAAGGGCAACCGUGCUGCUGAGGAAGACCUCUGGAAAUUCCUGGGUAUGAUGCGAGUAUUUGCUGGGAGGAAGCAUUUCAUCUAUGGAGAGCCUAGGAAGCUCAUCACCAAAGACUUAGUGAGGCUAAAGUACCUGGAGUACUGCCAAGUACCCAACAGUGAACCUCCACGCUAUGAGUUCCUGUGGGGUCCUAAAGCCCAAGCUGAAACCAGCAAGAUGAAAGUCCUAGAAUUUUUGGCCAAAGUCAAUGAUACGGUUCCCAGUGCCUUCUCAUCAAAAUAUGAAGAAGCUUUGAGAGAUGAGGAAGCAAGAGCCCGAGCCAAAUCUACAGCCAGUGGGAAUUACAGGGGCACAUCCAGCAGCCUCUCCCACCCCUACUGA